ACCUUUACAACCAGAACAGGUACAACAACACCCCUGACUUGUCUACCAACAAAUAUCACCCCAAUUGGAGGAAUCAUCCCAACCUUCGAUAUGGAAAUCAGCAGCCUUCCCAACAACAGCUUACCGUUCCAUUACCCCAGCCACAUCACACCCCUCCAGCUACUACUUCCGGACCAUCCUUGGAAGAUCUUGUUAAGCAAAUGGCCGUGAACAACCUUCAGUUUCAACAAAGAACCGACACUAGCAUUCAGACCUUGACCACACAGAUGGGGCAACUUGCUACUCAAAUAAAUAAUAUGCAAGCUCAAGGUUCGAACCAACUUCCAGCACAAACUGUUGUCAAUCCGAAUGGUAAUGCUAAUGUGAGCGCUAUUUCUUUGAGAUCCGGAAAGGUUACAGAACCAGCCCCUGAAAAAAAUAAAAAAAUCAUUGAGGUAACUUCUGAACUCUCUUCUUCUGAACCUCCUCCAGCUGAGCUUUCUUCUCCUUCUUCUGUUGUGGUCGGAACUGAAAAAAAUAAAGAAAAGGAGUAUGUGCCACCAGUUCCUUUCCCACAUAGAGUUCUGAAAAAUAAAAGAAUUGAGGAAGGAGACAAAGAAAAAGAAAUUCUGGAUAUGUUCAGAAAAGUAGCGGUAAAUAUUCCGCUUCUUGAUGUGAUUAAGCAGGUUCCAAGGUAUGCAAAGUUUCUGAAGGAUUUGUGUACAAACAAGAGAAAAGUAAAAGGAAGUGAUAGAGUCAACUUGGGAAGAAGCAUCUCUGCUUUCAUUCAGCCCGAACAAAGUGUUUCGGCCAUCUCUCAGGUCUUGCCACAAAAGUGCAAGGACCCGGGAACUUUUACUAUUCCUUGUACCAUCGGGGAUAAG